CCCAAACCCAGCGAUGAACUGGCCCCAAUGAACCCCAGCAUCUAAUCCAGCACCGCCGCGCCCCCCUCAGCACGUCAGAUAAGAGGAAGAGCUAAUCGCAGAAUGUCCGCGACUCCUCCCGACACCAGCCUGUCCGCGGGUGCUCCGCCCACCCAGGAUCAGACCUCAGCUAGUGCUAGCUUUGAAGCAAGCGAAAGAGAACAGGAACCAGAAGAGCAACAACAACAAGAACGACAAAAGGAAAUACCCUCGCAAGGACAAGAUCAGCAACAGCAACAGCAACAGCAAGAAGGAGAAUCGAGAGAUGAAAAAGAAAUAACCUCUCAAGAACCAGAAGAACAAGGAGAAGUAGAAUCAUCUGAAGAGAGGAAUGAAGAAGAAAAAGAAAAGGAAGAAGAGGAAGAUGAUUCUGCCCCUCCAUUACCAGAUGAAAUCCCCCCACCGCUCCCCAACGAAGCGGUUCCUGGAGGAGAAGCAGCAGCAGGAGGAGGACAAGGACAAGGAAAAGGAGAAGAUGAUGGCUGGGAACCCGUCUGGGACGGAACCGCACAAGCCUAUUACUUUUACAAUCGGUAUACGGGGACCUCUCAGUGGGAGAACCCGCGUGUUCCGGACGCGAUGACCACCACCACGACAGCGGAGGACAAUAACGCUGCGGUGGAGGAUACCGACGAUGUGCCCCCGCCCACUGCCACCAUGGGAGGCUACAACCCUGCCAUUCACGGCGACUACGAUCCCACGGCGCCGUACGCGCAACAAUACGAGCAACCCCAACAAGACCCCUCAGCGGGGCCCGGGGGCGUGCCGGGCGGGUAUGAGGCGGUGGGAGCGUUCAAUCGGUUUACGGGCCGGUGGCAGGCGGAGUCGCAGAACGCGGAAUAUCACAAUGAUGAGAACAAGUCGCGGCGGCAGAUGUAUGCCUUUUUUGAUGUGGAUGCUGCGGCGAAUAGUCAUGAUGGACGGAGCUUGCGGGCAGAGCGGAGUGCGAAGAAGUUGACUAAGAAGGAAUUGAAAAUGUUCAAGGAGAAAAGAAGGGAAAAGAAGGAGGAGAAGAGACGAGCUUGGUUGAGGGAUUGAUUGAUCUUAGAUGGGAUGGGCGCAUUCUUGUGAUUUUUCGUAUUGUUCCCGCUUGAGAUACCUAUUUAGUUUUCUGUAUGCUUAGUGACUAGUGAGGUAUGGCGUUGUACGUAGAUUGGGGUGCAUGAUAGAGCGGUAUGUAUAAUAUGAAUAUUGG